CACAAUUCUUUUUUCCCGACAAUUGAGCAGUAUAAAACUAAAUCCCUGGGUGAUCCGAUCUCUAGUCCGAUUUCGUUCGCUUCUAUAUUAAGAACGCCUUCGCCUGGCCUCGCACGAUGCGUGUGCGCACAGCAAACGUUCACACAAUAAAAACCAAACGUAGUACAUAUUAUAUUUUUCUGACGAACCCGACUUAAACCGAUAUCACUAAAAAUUUCAAGUGAAUUCUGUGAUAAUUUUAUAUUUUGGACAUUUUAAAGUAAAAUGUCCGUAAAGUGAAUUAAAAAGUGAAAAUAAUCGUGUGGUUAUCGCUGAAGAAGACAAAAUGAAGUUCACAAUUGACGUUUUGGGGAUUUUUCUUAAAGUCGUCGUUAAGAUAAACAAAGUGACAUUUGCCCCACUGGUGGUGUCGACCCUAUUCAUCCUCCUGACGUCACUACUGGCCCACUGCGCGAGGAGAGUGGUGCAGAAGGUGGUGAAGGAACCCUUCGUCCGGUUGCUGUUCGAGGAGGCUAUAGCUGCUGCUGAACUAUGCGGAUGCUGCUUCGAACUUAUUGUGGUGGCUGAUAACUUUGGCGUAGCGACGUAUGCGAUAUUCCUGUUCGCACUGACAAUCUGGUGGUCACUUAACUGGGGAGAUGCUACAGCUUGUCCUUAUACGCACAUCGAAGAUGUUAUUGAAGGCAAGGGUGACAUCCGCAAGGCGCUUCUUAAAACCUGGGCUGAGCUGACCGGUGGUAUCCUGGUCUUCAAAUAUGUGCAGAUGUACUGGGCGCUGGAGAUCUCUGACACCCACAAGGAUAAGGCAUUCGAAGACUGCAAGGCUGACUUACAGGUACCUGUUAUCUAUGGUGCAGUGGUUGAAGGUGUAGCCACAUGCCUCUGCCGCCUCGCUUCAAGAGGUCUCGGAGACCUGAACCCACGCUUCGCCACGGCCAUCGAUUCCUUCAUCGGAACCUCUCUCGUUGUAGCUGGGGUCCUCACUAGGCACACGGUAUUCGUCUACCGGUAUCAGGACAAUAGUGCCAAUGCGGACCUAAGCGUGUCCAUCUUUUGCAAAAUACAUUUAGGAAAAGCAUUCGACUAUUCUGGAGGUUACUUCAACCCUGUGCUGGCGACGUCUCUGAAGGCUGGAUGUGAAGGUCAUACUAUGAUGGAGCACGCGAUAGUCUACUGGAUAGGAGCCUGUGCAGGUUCUCUUCUGUCAGUAUACCUUUACAAGCUGCCAGCUAUCCAGAAAUUCGUCAGAGGAAGCAGUGAAGCGAACGGAGACAGCAUUUGGGCAGAAAAAGAAGAUUAAAAUGAUUCUUCUGUUUUGUCUCAAAAUUAGGGGUGUAUGCUGGAAAAUUCUAGAAGAUAAUGUCGGCAAUAAGGACUAAACCACGAAUUAUAAUAGAAAUGAAAUUGAUGUAACAGUCGUAAUGAAAAACAUGAUUUGGACUCUCUUUAUUUCGUAUAAUUCAGCCUUCAUGUGUUACUAGAAAAUUCUAACGAAGUUAUUAGGUCCUUCUAUCAACUUAUACAAACCGUUAUUAACCUCAAAAAUGAAAUAAUGAGAAAACGAAAUCUAAUUUAGCUGUUUUUACGUUUUGCAAUGCUAGCACUUCAGUUUGAAAAGGCUUUUAUAUAGAAAUUGAGUGUAGCUAAGUAAUUAUAUUUGAGGUUUUGCUGCAAAUACAGUUUUGAAAGAGUAAAAUGAAAGCAAAGGUAAUGAUAUUUUUUAGGUAUUUCUCUCGAAGAUUAGAGAAUUAUCAGUUAUAUAGGCAAUUAUAUAAUUUUGUGAAUUAACCAGCAUACACCUAUUUUAAAAUUUUUACGCUUUAAUAAAUUACUUUUUUUGAAAAGUUCGCGUGAAAAUUAAUUGUCGUUUUUUAUAAUUUUUCUCAAAAAAUGUUUGGCGAAAAUUCCUUGAAGAGCGAUGUCCACGAUUCUAGUCAUUUCUCCUUGUUUUUAAGUAUUAUUUUUUCUUUGUAAUUUUAAUUUUAUCAUUUGUUUCAUCUCCUUUUUGUACUGGGUACUUACAUGGUAGUGGCCCGCCAAGUUCGAAUGUUAUUUAUUAUAAAUUACUUUUUUACAGUCGCACAUCAACCUACUCGAAUGUGUUAAUUUUUGUCAUUGGAUUUUCGACUUUAUAUCUAAAUUAGAGUAGAGAAUCUAAUGAAGAAAUUUGACAGUAGUUUGACCUGCUGCCCACUGUACUAAAGAUUGAAGUUUAAAUCAAAAGGGAUGAACAUUUCGCACCACCUUUCGUACAAAGCUAAGAGCAUUAGAUUUUAUAUUUUUUCUACCCGAGUUGUUGAAGUAUGUCUCCUAAAAUAUAAUAAGUGCUACGUACUCCCGUUGUAAAUAAAUGUUUUAUUUAUUAC